UUUCACCUUUCAUCCGUGCCAGGCUGUUAGUCUUCAUCCGAAAUAAAUAGUUGCAGAAAUUGAAACAUUUUGCUGCAUUUUUGGUUUAUAUCAUGUAAAUUAUUCAUUAAUAACCGGCGCUAAGGUAGUAUAAGAAACACAAAAAACAUCCAACAGCAAUAUGGCAAGCGCGAGUGAUAGCUCUGACGAAUUCUUUGACGCAGAAGAAGACAACGCCAAUCAUCUUCCGCGGAACUCCAACACCUCUACUGGCAGUGGCAAAAAACGUUCAUUGAAAUCAAACAGUGAAGAUGAGUUACAGAAUCCGGACAUAAGAGAGAAGUUGAAUAUCGAUAAUUCAAAGCACAGUUUGCAAAUUGUUCAACGAGAGCAACAGUUACAGCAGACUCAGCAGUCUCAAGUGUUUAACCAAAAUAGGAAUGAGUCUAAUUUUGUCGAACCAAAAACGUUUGGUAGACGGCGUUUUCGCGAACUGCGUCAAUGCAUGCAGAAUGACGAAGAUGAGAAUCCUGGCAACACACUAACACCUGAUUCACAGAAUAGUUCUGUUGAAGGUGUUUAUUCUUCAUCCACGCGUACAACGCAUCCUUUCCGAGUGAUCGAGGGUGAUACGCUUAGCAUUCAAAGUAUGACUUCGUUGGGCAGAGUUGGAAGAAUCCUUGCAGGAAGUGCGAGCGUCGAUGCUAGUGCAUUUAGUUUGGGCAAGGACUCCCUGUACGUAGGAAUUUCUGCUUCGUCAGCCCCGCAGUCUCUAGUAGCAGUCCCUUCGUCGUCAUCUCGCGACACACAACUCAGUGAGAGCUUAUCGCUUCCGUCUAGCAGUGGUGCCAUUGGAGUUACAAGCGAGGACAAUUUCAGCCCAAAUAAAUACAGUUCCAACGAGGAGGUGGGACUACACCAGGAGCAUGCUUCUUCCAGUGGCAAUGUUAGUGAAUAUCGAAUGAACAUGAAUGUUGCGCUCCAAGAGCCAGAUGUCAUUGCGAGCACUAAGCUUGCCCAUUCUAAGACGACGGAUAGUUUAACGUGUUCCGGCCCGAUUGCUCCACCACGACGAAAAAAGAAAACCCGAAAACUCUCUAGUAGUUCCUCGGAACAGUUCAACAUGAACGAGGGAUUAAAGUUACCUCCUGCGGAUAACUCAUCGAAUGAGCUUACAGUUAAACUACCAUCGCAGACACCAAUGUGCGUCCCUCGCAGUUCUGACUCAGAUAAUUUAGCUGGAAAAAGUUCGUUAGAAAAUCCUGCUACACUGGAGUCGAUUACAAGAGAGAUUGAAAGUUCUUUCAAGGAUGCUUCCAGCACUAUCUCGAAUGGAAGCCCUGCCUUGAGUGGAGUAGCCGAUGUAAAUGGUGAACAACCGCGGAAAUUAAUUACCAGUUCCAUCGGGCGAAUAUCAAAUUCAUUAGGGAAUUCGUCGAAUUCUGUUAACUCUAAACCAAGUCCGUCAAAUAGUGUGAAAAGUAACUCUGCACCAGCUCGUGUUAGUUCGAUCGAUCCUUCGCAGGGAUUGAAUAUUUACAAGGCAACUAAAGGGCAAUAUGUUGUGAAACCCACUGAUGGAGCAUUCAAUAAGGCGCAAGGACCAUCACGAGAGGAAAUUGAGCGGGUAGAAAAAAUGAGACAGGAAAUUAUGGGAAACACAGCAGUGACCCGAGCUUUAUCAGGAACUGGAACCAACAGCUUAGGCAGUGGCACAAGAUAUAGUUCAUCACUAGCGAAACACAUGAACUUGAAAGAACGUCGCAAGUCGGCUGGUGACGAGGACAUGUUUAAACAAAUGAAUAUCUACGUAAAAACCAGGACCGAUUCUGGUAAACAGUUAACAGAUAUGGAAAUUCUAGAACAAAUUCCUGUUAAGAAUCUGGAUACAGGUGAGAACUUUCCGCUCUCUGCAGUUGAAGAGAAGCUGCCGCAGUGUAUCAACCCGUUGUCUUUGCACAUCAUGAGAUUAACCAGCCAUAUUCCGGAGUCUGAUGAAGAGUCUGUCGGUCCACCACCCGGCUCUGAAGCUCCAGCUUACGAAGAAGAUCUCGAAAUCGAAGAAGAAGGUGGCCGAUUAAAGAGAAAAACUGCCAAAAUAAAAAGGUUUUUUCGCUCGACUGCUAAAAAAACUGUCGAUAAGGCAAAAUCUAUCGCUUCGGAAGUAUCACAUGCAAGGCACAAAGAAGACGUGGCAGACAUCGAAGAUGUCAUGAAUCCAGAGCAAAACAUCAAAAUUAAAGCAUCUAGUACCAACAAGGGUCCGUAUGAAUUUGCAAAGCUUCAACAUGUUCAAGAUCUAUCUGGUGAGCACACUGGUGCUGUAUGGUGCAUGAAAUUUAGCUCCUGUGGUCGUUUGUUGGCUACUGCAGGUCAAGACCGUCUUCUUCGAAUUUGGGUGUUGAAGGAUGCGUUCCCCUUUUUCCAGGAUAUGCGUACAAAAUACAAUGCAGCAGAUCAAAAAUCCUCUCCAACACCGUCACAAGAAUCACUAGUGUCGCAUCAUUCUGCAGAAGAAGCACUUGCACUAGCAAUGGCAGCGGAGAAAUCUCCGGGCCCAUUUAUGCCAAAAUCAUUUUGCACUUACUCGGGCCAUACUUCAGAUCUGUUGGAUGUGUCUUGGUCCAAAAACUAUUUUAUCCUAUCCAGUUCAAUGGACAAAACCGUACGACUAUGGCACAUCUCACGUAAAGAAUGUCUUUGCUGCUUCCAACAUAUCGAUUUUGUGACGGCAAUAGCUUUUCAUCCUCGGGACGACCGUUAUUUCCUCAGUGGCAGUCUAGAUGGCAAGUUAAGAUUAUGGAAUAUUCCGGAUAAAAAAGUAGCUUUGUGGAAUGAGGUAGAUGGUCAAACCAAGCUUAUCACUGCGGCAAAUUUCUGCCAGAAUGGGAAAUUCGCUGUAGUUGGAUCCUAUGAUGGAAGGUGUUUGUUCUACAAUACUGAUCAGUUGAAGUAUCAUACGCAGAUUCACGUUCGGUCUACACGUGGCAAAAAUGCUAUUGGAAGAAAAAUAAGUGGUAUUGAACCAAUGCCCGGUGAGGAUAAAAUAUUGGUAACAUCCAACGAUAGUCGAAUACGGCUGUACGAUUUAAGAGAUUUAAAUCUGAGUUGUAAAUACAAGGGAUAUAUGAAUGUGUCUUCACAAAUCAAGGCAUCAUUCUCCCAUGACGGCAAAUACAUUAUUUCCGGCUCAGAAAACCAGACCAUAUACAUCUGGAAGACGCAUCAUGAUUACACGAAGCUAAGCUCGGUCAGGAGAGAUCGAAGCGAUUUCUGGGAAGGUAUUAAAGCGCACAAUGCAACAGUAACGUGCGCAAUUUUCGCCCCACACCCCGAGGCGAUUAUUAAACCCGAAUUGGAUGACGAAAUCAAUGCGGAUAAUAUUUCUAUCAACCAACCGGCAGACCCACUUGUAGAACAACGUAAGAAAGGUUGUGGUGGAUACGUACUGGUAAGUGCCGAUUUCAACGGUUGUAUCAAAGUGUUUAUCAACAAGACCAAGCCGAAGCAUAGCAGCUUGCCAUAUACCGCCAUACUUGAUUAAUGGUUACGGGCGUUUACUGGAGACACGAUAUUCAUGAAAUUUGUGAAAGGGGGAAUUAAUCACUGGCUAUUUUAACUAUCUGUGUUUAGAACAACGCUAACAACACAAGGUUAACAUGAUAGAGAGCGCAAAUUCAGCACUUGCAAUAGAAGAGAGCGUUGUUGUUGCAAAGUGUUGUUAACUGCAGUGAUGUUUAAUGUGACAUUUUUCAAAACAAAUGCAACACCAAACAACGUUAGUAAACAAUAUGAAGAUUAGAGCAAAUGGAUGAUAAAUAUUCAGCUUUGGUGACGAUUUUGAAAAAUCGAGAUUUUUUGAAGAGGUUCGUUAAUUGUAAUAUGGUUUUUAGCGAUAAAAAUUUUGUACGUGUUUCGGCAUUUGAGUUUAAUUUUUUGAUGUCCAUGCUCUGCUUCAAAUGAUUGAAAUAGUUCUUACCAAGUUGGUAGUAGCAGCACCAUAUUUUUGAACUUUUACGUUAACAAUCUCUGCCUAGGCUCCGCGCGCACACAAUUGUAUGUAUGUAUGUAUAACUAUUGUAUGUAUGCCUGAUUCUUGUUCCACUUUUCUUAGCUGUGCUGAGUAUAAAGGAUAUUUUCGAUUGAUUUAAAAUGGCAAAAAAUAGUUUUUCAUAGAGUUUGGUUGUAUAUGCUUAAAAUAAAAAUGUGCUGAAAUCACGAAAGUCGCCACUCAAACAUUGAAUUGAUUAAUACUUCAUAGCUGUUACACUGUGUAUAUUUUAUUGCGAAGGUUACCUAAUUUAUUAUUAUAUAUAUUGGAACGAUGUAUUUGAAUAUGCGUAUCUUUUUCUUCAGAAGAAAAUUUGAGAAUUUUUGCCAUUUCGCAUAAGUCCUUUGACAGACUCUAUCACAGAAGACGAGUUCAGCUACUCACCUCGCCCGCAGCCACCGAAGAGGCUAGCAAGAUAUUGUAUAGAGAACGCGAGUGAAACUUGACUGGUGACAGCUGAGUGACAGAUGAGCUACUCGUCCAAAAUCCAGCCAACUCGGCAUCUGCAAUACCAAAAAUGAUCAGAAGGGUAACUCGCCGCUCGCCUCGUCUUCUGUAAUAGGAGCCAUGAAAAAGUAAUUAACAGGUUGUCGAAAACCUGGUAAAACCUGAAAAAUCGUGGAAUGUCAGGGUAUUCAUUUUUCGAUCAGGGAAAUCAGGGAAUAUCAGACGCAAUUUGUUUUAAAUGGCUCUUUAGCGCAAGAAAGGAUUUUUUCAACCAUGAAAGGCUAAUGCGGUACCUUUACUGUUUGGUUUCAUAUCUGAUCGAACACAUUUUUUACUGGGAUUUCAGAGUUGCGUUCAUCUACGUUGCACUUUUAUGUGCUGAAUGCUGAAAAUAUCAGAGAAAUAAAUGUUAUAUUUCAGGGAAUAUCAGGGAAUUUAAUUGUGAAAACUUUUUCGCCAGCCUGAAUCAAAAAAUCUGCUAACAGAGACUUGAGAAAAUUGGUGUUGCUUGGUCAAACCCACCAAAACUCUCCAGUCGCCCUCUCCAGCCCAUGCUUCUUCUCGGAUAAAUCUCCCGGUAUAACUUCGGACAGUGGUUUUUGUGCUUGAUACAUCCUGGAGAGUAUCCAUACGCAUCUUGAAUGACUAUAUCUAGAGACGGGCAGCUAGCUUUCAUAGGAUAUCGGCCGCGCAAGCUGCGUAGCCUUAAGGUUACAGAGUCUGCUUUGACAAUCAAGCGGGGGUCAUUAGUUUAAAUAUCAAUAGAAUCAGACUAUUCGAUUUUGAAAGAAUGUAAGCAUUUUUUCUCUGGCUCUAAAACUAACUGACCAGAGGAAAACAAACCUUCCCAGGGAUUGAUGAUAUUUGGCAGGAGGAACGAGGAAGCUUACAUAUACACGGAUAAAAUAAUAAGCAUGUCGCUUACUUUGGUGAUAUUGCUUUUGUUUUGUAGGUAUCUGUAAGUAUAUUAGUGCAUUAUUUUAAAUAAAAUCGUCAAUAACCAAAGAAAUAUGAGAGAUAAAAAUGAACUUUCUUUGACGGAAUUGUUUGUUUCGGUAUUGCUAAAAAUAUUAGGGAACAUUGAAAAAAAAAAACUUUUGAGUGUUGUUGAAAAAUUGAUUUUCAGCCCUAUCUAUAGAAAACUCCAUAAAAGUCCAUUCAAAUAGACCGAUAGAAGUAUGGUGUCAUUGAGAAAUUUGUUUCUUAUCAAAUGUGCUAUAACUUUGCCGAAAUAAGUGAUUUUUUCUAAGGAAAAAUAAAAAAGGUAAAAAUCGUUUCUCAAUUUUAGGUGGAUUAAUCACAAAAUUGCAACUUUUAUAAAAUAGAGAAUAAUUAUUAAUUAACUUUGCUGAGGAUGUUAUGGCUCUAAAAUCAAUUUUUUUGGGCAAAAUAAUUUCGAUCUCACUUUUACAGCUUUGGAAACAGUGUGGGGUGGUCCAAUAGAGAAAGUAGUCUAGAAAUAGGUUUUGAUUUUUUUUGUUUUCAUCAAACUUUUUCGUGAAAAAAAGCCUGUACAUUGGCAUAAGUUCGGGUUUUAUUAACUGACUCCAAUAAACUCGAGUUGUGGCUGGUAAGCGGCUGGAUAAUGCGUACCAUCGGGGCCAAGUGCGCCUACUGGAAUAAAAUAGACCCAAAUGUGGUCCUUAGCCUCUUAUUCAGCCACUCCCAUCCCGACCUCCACGCGGUGCCGGCUGGGAUUCGAGCAACCAAGGGAGAUCGGGUAACCAACCCCGGUGGGAACUUGGUCGUAUGCUGACAGGGAAGGAGGGCUCUUUUGAGUUUCCGAGCGGUUGACCUCCAUGUUAGGAGCGGCUCAAAACGGCGUCUGUACCCCAGGACAUUUUUCAAAACAAAUGCAACACCAAACAACGUUAGUAAACAAUAUGAAGAUUAGAGCAAAUGGAUGAUAAAUAUUCAGCUUUGGUGACGAUUUUGAAAAAUCGAGAUUUUUUGAAGAGGUUUGUUAAUUGUAAUAUGGUUUUUAGCGAUAAAAAUUUUGUACGUGUUUCGGCAUUUGAGUUUAUUUUUUUGAUGUCCAUGCUCUGCUUCAAAUGAUUGAAAUAGUUCUUACCAAGUUGGUAGUAGCAGCACCAUAUUUUUGAACUUUUACGUUAACAAUCUCUGCCUAGGCUCCGCGCGCACACAAUUGUAUGUAUGUAUGUAUAACUAUUGUAUGUAUGCCUGAUUCUUGUUCCACUUUUCUUAGCUGUGCUGAGUAUAAAGGAUAUUUUCGAUUGAUUUAAAAUGGCAAAAAAUAGUUUUUCAUAGAGUUUGGUUGUAUAUGCUUAAAAUAAAAAUGUGCUGAAAUCACGAAAGUCGCCACUCAAACAUUGAAUUGAUUAAUACUUCAUAGCUGUUACACUGUGUAGAUUUUAUUGCGAUGGUUACCUAAUUUAUUAUUAUAUAUAUUGGAACGAUGUAUUUAAA